GCUGAUUCAUUAAGGUCCCAGCUGAGGGGUGUAUUUUUUUUUCUCCUCUGCUUCAUAUUUCUGUGCUUUGCGUUAUCUUGUGGCAACGAUAUAUGGUACGACCCGCUGUUGACCUUGGACUACCACGCUGAGACUGUUCUCUGGCUUCCUUUCCCUCCCACCAGGAACAGCACAGAUAAGCUGCUGUGCAUCUUAUUGUAUCCUGCCUACUGGAUUUCACAAGGAUUUGUUUCUUGGUUCUUCUUUUCUUUUCCAAGCGCCUGAAGGUCCAACACUGACCAAGUGUGUGAUUAGCAGCAAUGUCAGGACAUAGAGCAUUAGUUCCAGAGCAGAACAGCAGCAGCAGCAGCCAGGAAAACAAAACUUCAAAUGUGCGAGUCUCAGAAAAAAAGUGCUCAUGGGCUUCUUAUAUGACCAACUCCCCUACUUUGAUUGUAAUGAUUGGCCUUCCUGCCCGGGGUAAAACUUAUAUGUCCAAGAAAUUAACACGCUACCUCAACUGGAUUGGCGUGCCUACAAAAGUAUUUAAUCUAGGAGUGUAUCGUCGUGAAGCAGUGCAGUCGUACAAGUCCUAUGAUUUUUUCAGGCAUGAUAACAAGGAAGCCAUGAAGAUUCGGAAACUGUGUGCCUUGGUGGCUCUGGAAGAUGUGAAAGCUUAUGUCACAGAGGAGUGCGGGCAGAUAGCUGUGUUCGAUGCGACCAACACGACUCGAGAGAGGCGGGACUUGAUCUUAAAUUUUGCUAAAGAGAAUGCUUAUAAGGUGUUUUUUGUGGAGUCUGUCUGUGAUGAUCCAGAAGUCAUUGCUGCCAAUAUCCUGGAAGUGAAGGUCUCCAGCCCUGACUACCCAGAGAGAAAUAGAGAGAAUGUGAUGGAUGAUUUCCUGAAGAGGAUAGAGUGCUAUAAAGUCACAUAUCAGCCCCUUGAUCCAGAUAAUUAUGACAAAGACCUUUCCUUCAUUAAAGUGAUCAAUGUGGGACAGCGAUUCCUGGUAAACCGUGUCCGGGAUUACAUCCAGAGUAAAAUCGUCUAUUACCUAAUGAACAUUCAUGUCCAGCCGCGCACCAUCUACCUUUGCCGACAUGGUGAGAGCGAAUUUAACCUUGUUGGCAAGAUCGGUGGGGAUUCUGGCCUGUCACCGCAUGGGAAGCAGUUCGCUCAAGCCCUUACAAAAUUCAUUGCCGAGCAGGAGAUUGUGGAUUUGAAGGUUUGGACGAGCCAGCUGAAGAGAACCAUCCAGACAGCCGAGUGCUUGGGGGUCCCCUAUGAGCAGUGGAAGAUUCUGAAUGAGAUUGAUGCUGGAGUGUGUGAAGAGAUGACAUAUGAAGAAAUUGAAACUCAGUACCCAGAUGAGUUUGCGCUGAGGGAUCAAGAUAAAUAUCUUUAUCGUUAUCCUGGAGGAGAGUCGUACCAAGACUUGGUCCAGCGUUUGGAGGCUGUGAUUAUGGAGCUAGAGCGUCAGGGCAGUGUUCUGGUUAUUGCCCACCAGGCUGUUAUGCGGUGCCUGUUGGCCUACUUCCUUGACAAGAGCGCAGAUGAGUUGCCAUAUCUGAAGUGCCCCCUUCACACCAUAUUCAAGCUCACACCAGUUGCUUACGGGUGUAAAGUGGAAACAAUCACCUUGAAUGUUGAAGCAGUGAAUACCCAUCGAGACAAGCCUUCUGGGAGUACUAACAGCCUUCCAAAGAGCCAAACCCCUGUAAGGAUAAGAAGAAACAGCUUUACGCCUCUGGCCAGUCCGGACACAAUAAAGCGCACACGAAAUUACAGUGUUGGGAGCAGGCCUCUCAACCCAAUGGGGUCUCUGCUAUUCCCAGAGGCUCGAGAUGGGGCUGAUCAGCAGAAACUACAACUUCAAAUGGGAAGUGCUUGCUUAGGAAGUCUGGAUUAACGAUGUAGAGGUCUUGGUUUCAUCAUGAACUUGGCUGAAAACUUAAUGGACGCAUGAAAGGACAAAUCUCAUCCUGGAAUUAGAAUCAGUCUCCUGGAGUCAACUUAUCAAGCCCCUUUUAAAGUAACUGGGUGCACGCGUGUGAUGCCUAACGUAAUCUUACACUUUCUGAAUUAAAACAAAUGCUCCAAGUUAGUAUUUGACAUGGGCCUGACCCUACAGGAUGCUCUCACUGAAGUGCAGUUUUGCCCUUGACCUCUAUGGGAGCAGGAUCCCCUGUUUUUAUUUAUGAAAGUUAUCUAACGAGUUAAAGACCAGUCACAAAAAUGAGGAAGAGAAAGCAUGUUGGAGGAAGAGACUUGUGGGUUGUCGCACAUUUGCAUCCAUGGUCGCUUCCUGUCUAAAUGGAUGAUUUUUCAUCGAAAUCUACCAUUUGCUUACUUGCUUUCAUGGGAUUAAAAUAACACUGCAAAGUAAAGGCAAAUAGCAAUGUAUUGUCAUUUGACUACACACAAUAUGCUGUAAUCACUUUGCACAACAUUGUGGAGUUAAUUAUUUUUCUAUUUUGGGUGAGCUUUUGGUUGCAUCAUUAGAUAACUGGUAUUUUUUUACCUGCCAGAAUGUAUGAAUGUCACUGCUAAUGUAUUGAUAUUGUAACUUUUUAAUCAAUACUAAUGAUCAGUGUUUUAGGAAGUUGGGUCUGGUACCCUUACUGUGCCAGUAGUCCCCCUGUUGCAGAGUAAUGUGCUAACAAUCAUGUGUCAGAAUGUGGCCCCCUGUCUUUUAGAUAAGUCCGAUAUCUUUGUCAAUCAAUGUAUAUCAAUGUUUGACCUUAAAUUCAGCUUGCAAAAGGGAUAUAUAAUUCGAUACAUAUAUUAGUACCGGCAACGUUGUAUUGAGCUGUCUUCUACAAUGAUAUUCUUGUACUCGGCACGUAGGUAUAGGUGAAUAACAGAAUGGAUGAUAAAAUGUGCUGUUAGAUGUAUGAAUACUUCUUGGCACAGCUAAACUUACAAAUGCGUUCUUGCCUCAAGCCAUUACUGAUGUACAUAUUUGGCUGGUGCCAGAGUUAGGCAGGCCAAGUUCAGAGUUUUCUCAUUUUUAACUGAGAGGUGAACCCAGUGAUAUAAUUUUUCAUGUUGUCUGUUCCACCUCCUAAUUAAGUGCUACUCACGUGAGUGAGUGCUCCAACAUGAGGGCAGCUUGCACAAUCUUAGUCCUACUUAAAGAUUUAAGCACAACUAUUCUGGCCUUGUUGGAUGGGGUGUACAAACCCCACACUGAGCAACAAAGGCUUAAAAGACUUGUUCUGGGCUCAGUCAGCCCCGCCCCGCCACACCUGCAGCAAAUCCUCCAUUUGCUGGAGGAAUUAUAAGACAGUGAAUUAGCUCAGUUGGCGAGCAGCGCUGAAGGUGAGCAGACCUGCAGCCCAUAGCUCCAGCAGAGCAGAACAGAGGGGAACCCAAAGGCGCUGACACAGCUGCCCAAAGGACCCCUUCUUGAGGGAAGGGAGGACCCUCCGCAGAGACAAGCAAAAAGGGAAGUAUCCAGUGGCCUUGGACAGUGGCAACUCCUCUCUUGUUUCUGUUGAUUUGGGUUUCCCCACCAGGCAAAGACCUUGGAUUGAGCUGACCCCAGAGCAGGAGACGAGAGGAAGAGGUCCAGGGAGGACAGCUACAGGUAGCCUUGGUUGCCAGGUUACUGGUAGCCCAAAGGGCCCUGGGUUGGAGUCCGGUGGAGUGGGAGAGCCUGGGCUCCCCGCCUCACAGCCCCCUUGGCAGUCCGGGGUUGUGGCUGUGACCACUAGGCAAUGCUUCCCAACCAAACCCCGAGUGGGGAUCAUAACAUGCUGGUUACACCAAUUCAAUCUGAGGUAACUCCAUUGUCAGUUGAGCCAGUUGAGUUACUCCACACCAAUGUAACAGAGCUGAAUCUAGCCUCGGUACGUUCCUAAGGAACAAAUUUGUUAGUGGUGAAAGUUACAUUUUGCAGUGUAAGCCUGUCAGAAAACAGUUACAAGCAGCAAAGCAGUUGCACCGUUUUCAUGCCAGUGCUUGCUCCAACCCCUCAAGCAGAGACCAACAUCUACAAGAUCUUCACCAAGCAUUCUCAAAACUACGAUACCCGCACAAGGAAAUAAGGAAACAGAUCAACAGAGCCAGACAU